AUGCCCCACCAAUUUAACACCAACAAAUCGGAAAGGGCAAAGAAAUUGAAGGAAGAUUCUUUGCUUUUGCUGAGGGGUUUCGACUCGGUUGGCUAUACCCUAUCUCAGCUGUCCAACAAUUUGGAUAGUGCCUUACAGGGCGCUAGGGAUCUCGUCAAAGCGCCAACCUUGACGGAGAUCUUCCAGAGCAACCUCAAGAACUCGGAGGUUGAGGGAGGUGAUUCCAAAAGGAAAGCCAAUGAGUGGGAGGUGCCCAAGCAAGCAACAAAGAGAAAAUUUGAUGACAGUCAUUGCUCAGAAGAAUCAGAUGUCGAUUUAGAAAAAGAUGAGCAGCAAAACCCAAAAGACAAGCUUCAAAAGGCCAAAACUCUUGCAGUUACAAUGGCAACAAAAUCAGCCUCUCUUGCAAGAGAAUUGAAAUCAUUGAAAUCCAAUCUAUGUUUUAUGCAAGAGCGAUGUGGUAUACUUGAGGAAGAGAAUAGAAGACUUCGGGAUGGGUUUUCCAGAGGGGUCAGACCAGAAGAAGAUGAUCUGGUUAGGCUUCAAAUGGAGGCACUACUUGCUGAGAAAUCCAGAUUAGCAAACGAAAAUGCAAACUUAACAAGAGAAAACCAAUGCCUUCACCAGCUUGUGGAGUAUCACCAACUCACAUCCCAAGACCUCUCUGUAUCUUACGAGGAAGUCAUCCAAGGCAUGUGCUUGGACUUCUCCUCACCACCACCAGCCAUUGCUGAAGAAGAUGAAGAAGAUGAAGAAGAAGAAGAAGAAACCAGUGGAACACCUAGAGUUGAUCUUUUUAGCUUUUCUACCUCACUUGAUGAGCUCCACCAAGAAGAAGAGUAG